AUGAAUUCAGCACAGGAAAUGUCAGAGAAGCAAAAAGCUGACGAUCUAACCGUCAAUCUCACCUCAAUUCCCGCCUCAACGCCCGGCACAAGCACUUCCCCGGCCAUCAACCUAGUAACCUGGGAUGGACCCAACGACCCCGAAAACCCCCAGAAUUGGCCUCGAUCAAUAAAGCUGGCCCGAUCCGCAGCACCGCUAGCGGUAAUCUUCUCGAUAUCCAUCGCAUCAAGUAUUUUCGGAGCCGCCUCCGACAUCACAGCACAAGAGUAUGGCGUCUCACAAGAAGUCAUGAGUCUGGGCGUAGCCCUCUUCGUCGCAGGCUUCGCCGUCGGCCCUCUCGUCUUCGCUCCAAUGGCCGAAGUCGUCGGCAACGCACCACCAAUGGCCGUCGCUCUAACAGGCUGUGCCAUUUUCCAGAUCCCACUCGCCCUAGCUUCGAACGUGCAAACCAUCCUCCUAAGCCGUUUCCUAGCAGGCACAUUCGGCGCCGGCGGACUAGCCGUCGGCUCAGGAAUCCUAGCCGAUAUCUUCGGCCCUGUCACCCGCGGAGUCGCAGUGGGCGUUUCCGCAACCUUCAUGAACAUGGGGAGUCUGGUCGGCCCAGUGGUCGGUGCAUACAUCGUCGACGCCUAUGGCUGGCGCUGGACCGCAUGGGUAACUCUCAUCCUCUGCGCAACCGUCGGAUUAGCAUGUACCGUGAUCCUGCGCGAAUCCUCGCACAACCGCAUCCUGAUGAAUCGGGCAGCGCGCCUGCGCCGCGAAACAGGUAACCAUGGUCUUCGCGCGCAGGCCGAAAUGGCCUCCCUGGACCCAAAGGUCCUGCUGAGGAAAUACACGACCAAACCGGUCCGCAUGUUCGUUCGAGAACCAAUCCUCAUCGUCAUGACAACAUACCUGACCCUCGUGUACGGCUCUCUAUACCUCUCGUACCAGCUCUUCCCGCGCGCGUUCCGCAGUCGCGGGUGGAGUAGGCCUACGGCGACAUUGCCGUUUCUCUCUGUUGGGCUGGGCGUGAUAUCGGCACUGGCGCUGUUUUCGACGUUCACCAUGACAUGGUUUAAGAGGCGGUGGGUGGCUGCGCAGAAGGGGUCGAGAGGUGAAUCGAUGCCUGCGCGUAUUGCGCCGGAGAAUAGGUUGCCGCCUAUGGUUCUUGGUGCUGUUUUGCUGCCGCCUGCUCUGCUUUGGUUUGGGUGGUCGGGUGGUGCGCAUUGGAUUGCGCAGGUGAUUGCGUGCUAUGCUAUUGGGUUUGCAUUGCAGACAAUUUUCAUCUGUGGGAUUGUGUAUAUUGUUGACGUGUACUUGCUCAAUACGGUGUCUGCAACUUCCAUCCAUGUGAUGGUUCGGAGCGUGGUCUCGGCGACAUUCCCGCUGUUCGAAGGUCCCAUGUAUGAAACACUGGAUAUCAAUUGGUCGGCUACCUUGCUGGCUGGCCUGUCGACGGUGAUCAUGGCGUCCCCUAUUCUUUUCAUCAUUUACGGCUCUCGGAUUCGAAGCUGGAGCCGCUUCUCCGUUAGUGGUGGCUAA